AUGAGCCUCCCUUGGGGUCUGCUGGACGCCGAGUACGCGCACGUGCCUUACGACAAGAAGGGCGGGAGUCUGGAGCUUUUUCUGCGCAGCUGGCGAGUCACCAUCGACCUGCUGAAGAAGUCCAUGCGCCGGCCACGCCACUUGGCGCUUCAUCCGCCGGGCAUCGCGAGCUACUACUUGUACCGCAACCUGGUGGCUCGCGAGGUGGUGGUGCACAAUCACAUGAGGUCGCCACCGCUGCUACAACCGUGGUUUCCCUUCGCCGUCAACGCGGCUCUCGUUGGCACCGUCAUGGCGCAGCAGCUGGUUCUCAUAGGCUACUUCGUCUUCUACUUUGAUGAAGACUAUGCGUACGAUGCAGCAAAUCCAAUCUACCGCCAGCUUGAGCCUCUAGUGAAGGACAUCAGGCGCUUCGAAACUGCCUUCAACAGAAGCGGUGCUCUGGCGAACCACACGUCCAACGAGAGGCGCGAGCUGUUAUUUACCAGCUGGGCAGUGCAUAGCACCAGCCACAUACCUCGCCUCGCCAAGGCCGCAGUUGGGAGAAACGACGCUACGAAGGCGGGCGAGUCGACUGGUGGAAGACGGUCGUAUUUCGCCACGGUGCCCGAGGACCAGCUGUUCUUCCUCGUCAGCUGCUUCGCACGCUGUGGUGAUAUAGGCCGCCGUCUCGAAGUAAACAAGGCCAUCUGCAACAUCGCCCUGCCUUCCGCUCCGGUCUUCAGGCGAGCUUUCAAGUGCGGGGUCAAUCACUUACCAUGGAUCAACUUCACGUGGCCCGACCCUCCCGACGACGACGCUCAGCUUGAGAAUUUGUAGACUCAGUACUGUCACUCACGCUCGUACUCCUACGUGCGGGAAACGUGUUCGCUGAGUACUGAAGACCAACAUUAUUAUAUUAUUUUCGCGAUGUACGUCCACACUAUUUGUUAUGAAGAGUGCGAGGUAUAGCCUGUUAGUUGGCCUAGCGCGCUGCUUC